CUGAGUCUGGGAGGGGCGGGAUGAUGGAGCUAAGAUGGCAGCCCUGCUGAGGGUGCUGCCUCUUCGGGGUCAAGAAAUAUUCAAGGAACGAAUGAAACCGAAACACAGCAGUUUUAUUCAUGACGACUUUCGUUUCUUCUAUUCUGCUACAUUUGCUUCUCGUGGCUUGAGGAGGUCUGCCUUCGGGAGGAGAACGACGUGUUGACACUGCGCAUCGGAACCCCGUAGCAGCGCCGUCAGAAAGGCUCCUACUCUGCGUCUGAGAAUAACCGAGAACAGUGGAUGCUAAUUGCGGCUUUUUUUGCAGCUCGGAGCGGACAUAUGAUGUGACAUGUGGCGGGUUUGACGUUGAGAGGAUUGCAUCUUAUGGCUGGAUAUUACUUGACUGUGUGAUAUAUGCAUUGUUCUGCUAAACGAUGAUGUGUGCUGCUGCGGCAGCGGCCGCCGCCGGUGGAGGGGGAAUUUUGCCCUCUUUAUCGCCGUCCAUGGGGCUGGGUGUCAGGGUAAUUUCUGGAGUGGGAGCCGAUCUCACCACCAUCGGUUCGGGAAUGGGUUCUUGCCCGACUCUCGGAGCCCAGUCGGAUUGUCGGACUCGGUACCAGCUUUUGCUSUCAGGACGAGCCCUUGCGGAAAGAUACAGACGGAUUUAUACCACCGCCAUCAAUGAUAAAGAGCAGGGGAUAAAUCAGGGAAGGGGGAAGAAGGCCUUGAGUAAGAAGAAACUGAAAAGGCGACAAAAAGUCAAGUCAAAAGUCAAAUCAAGAACAAAGGCCGAGAGUCUAGAUGGAGCUCUUUUCGUGCCAGACAUCAAACUACACAGUAACCCCUCUGCGUUUAAUGUCUACUGCAAUGUGCGACACUGUGUUCUGGACUGGCAGCAGAAGGAGGCCUCCCUAGCUCUGGCCUCCAGGACCUCGGUGCAGAGUGGCGACUCGGACAGCGAGGAGGAGGAAGAGUACCGUGAGCCGGCGGUAAAGCUGCCAAAGAUCAUCGGCAUCGGCCUGUGUGGGGUUUUUGAGCUGAUUAAAGAAACUCGGUUCUCUCACCCAUUACURUGCCUGCGCAGCCUGCAGGCUUUGUUGGACAUGCUGCAGGGGCAACAGCCAGAGGGUUUUCAGACGGAGCCUCCUGAUGUGUUAGAGUCUCUUUUCCAGCUGCUGUUGGAGACCACGGUCCGGAGCACAGGGCCCAAUGACCCAACUGGACAGGACAUCACCGCUCUGUCCUGUGCAUGCCUUUUCAGCCUUGUGGUGGCUUGGGGAGAUACGGGCAAAAUCCUGCAGGCUGUUUCUGCCAUUCUCACAAAUAAUGGCAGCCAUGCCUGUCAGACUAUACAGGUCCCCACAAUAUUGAAUGCACUACAGCGAAGUGUCCAGGCUGUCCUGGUGGGAAAAAUCCAAAUCCAGGACUGGUUUGGAAAUGGCAUCAAACGUGCUGCACUGAUGAACAAAUGGGUCCUAAAGGAAGUGUCCAUUGACGAAGACGAGCGCUGUCUUCUGCAGACUGAUGGUUCCUUCCUGUAUUUGCUCUGCAAGGAUGGACUCUACAAAGCUGGAUCUGGAUAUAGUGGUACUGUCAGGGGACACGUCUACAACUCCACGUCUCGAAUCAGGAAUCGAAAGGAGAAAAGGUCAUGGCUUGGCUUUGCUCAGGGGUACUUAUUGUAUCGGGACACAAGUAACCACAGUAUGUCGGCUAUCAAGAUCAACCCUGAGACCCUGGAACAUGAGGGUGUGGUCACCAUGCCAGGUCAACAUUCAGAUGGACAAAACAUCAUAUUCACAGAUGGAGAGUACAUUAACCAAAUAGCAGCCUGCAAAGAUGUAAGCACUGGCUUUGAUGAAGAGGCAGCAUUGCUUGGAGCUGGCAGGGAGUUUGCUCUGAUGAAAACUGCCUCUGGAAAGAUCUACUACACAGGAAARUACCAGAGCCUGGGUAUUAAGCAGGGUGGCCCAUCAGCCGGUAAAUGGGUGGAGCUGCCCAUCACAAAGUCUCCGAAGAUCAUUCAGUUCUCGGUCGGCCAUGACGGCUCCCACGCCCUUCUAGUGGCGGAAGACGGGAGCGUUUUCUUCACCGGCUCUGCCAGCAAGGGAGAGGACGGGGAAUCCACUAAAAGCCGCAGGCAGCCCAAGCCGUACAAGCCCAAGAAGAUGAUAAAACUGGAGACAAAGACAGCCGUGUAUACUGCUUGCAACAAUGGCAGCAGCAGCAUCGUGACAAAGGACGGAGAGCUUUAUAUGUUUGGCAAGGACGCUAUUUACAGUGACAGCACCUGCCAAGUGACGGACCUUAAAGGCCAUUUUGUAACUCAGGUUGCCAUGGGGAAGGCUCAUACGUGUGUUCUCACUAAGAACGGAGAAGUGUGGACAUUUGGGGUCAAUAACAAGGGCCAGUGUGGCAGAGACACUGGAGCCAUGAGCCAGGCAGGGAAAGCAUUUGGCGUUGAGAGUAUGGCCACGGCCAUGGAUGAGGACUUGGAGGAUGAGCUGGAGGACAAGGAAGAGAAGAGCAUGAUGUGUCAGCCGGGCAUGCACAAGUGGAAGCUGGACCAGUGCAUGGUUUGCACCGUGUGUGGAGACUGCACCGGGUACGGUGCCAGUUGUGUCAGCAGUGGGCGACCAGACAGAGUACCAGGAGGUAUCUGUGGUUGCGGGUCUGGAGAGUCUGGCUGCUCAGCGUGUGGUUGCUGUAAGGCCUGCGCCAGGGAGCUGGAUGGUCAGGAGGCCCGGCAGCGGGGGAUCUUUGAUGCUGUGAAGGAGAUGAUUCCACUGGAUCUGCUGCUAGCUGUGCCUGUCCCUCCCCCUCCAGGAGUUAACAUCGAGGAGCACCUUCAGAUCCGCCAGGAGGAGAAGCGUCAGAGAAUCAACCGCCGGCAUAGGUUGGAGGAGGGAAGAGGCCCCCUUGUUUUUCCUGGUCCCAUUUUUAUGAACCAGCGUGAGCAGGCCCUAGCCAGAAUAAGACCCCUUCAGGCACUCAGGCAUAAACGGGACAAGCACAAAGAUGGUAGCAGCGAGCGCGGAGAGAAGGAUGCCAGCAAAAUUACCACUUAUCCCCCCGGGGCGGUGAGGUUCGACAGCGAGCUGCGAGCCGUUCAAGUCAGCUGYGGUUUUCACCACUCAGUGGUGCUGAUGGAGAAUGGAGAUGUCUUCACGUUUGGGUAUGGCCAACACGGUCAGCUUGGUCACGGAGACGUCAACUCCAGGGGCUCUCCCACCCUGGUUCAGGCUCUGCCAGGACCGAGCGUCCAGGUGACGGCAGGCAGUAACCACACAGCUGUUCUCCUCAUGGAUGGGCAGGUCUUCACUUUUGGGAGUUUCUCGAAAGGGCAGUUGGGCCGGCCCAUCCUGGACAUGCCCUACUGGAACGCCAAGCCGUCACCCAUGCCCAACAUCGGUGCCAAAUACGGACGRAAGGCCACCUGGAUCGGCGCCAGCGGAGAUCAGACGUUCCUGCGGAUCGACGAGGCCCUCAUCAACUCUCACGUCCUGGCUACUUCUGAGAUCUUUGCCAGCAAGCACAUCAUCGGGCUUGUUCCAUCCUCUGUGUCUGAGCCGCCUCCUUUUAAAUGUUUGCUGAUCAACAAGAUGGACGGAAGUUGCAGAACAUUCAACGACUCAGAGCAGGAGGACCUGCAGGGGUUUGGCCUCUGUCUGGACCCGGUUUAUGAUGUCAUAUGGAGGUUCCUUCCGGCUUCAAAAGAGAUGUGGUGUUACAAUGCGGUAAUAGCCGAUGCUAGGAUGCCCUCUGCAACAGAUCUACAGGCUCGAUGUAGCAUUCUCAGUCCAGAACUUGCAUUGCCCUCGGGAUCACAUGCGACCACCACUCGCUCUCAUGGAGCUCUACACAUUCUUGGUUGCCUGGAUACAUUAGCCGCCAUGCAGGAACUGAAGAUGGGCGUAGCAAGCGCAGAAGAAGAAACCCAGGCGGUGAUGAAGGUCUACUCAAAGGAGGACUACAGCGUUGUAAACCGGUUUGAAAGUCACGGAGGUGGCUGGGGUUACUCGGCUCACUCUGUCGAAGCCAUCCGUUUCUGUGCUGAUGCCGACAUCCUGCUGGGUGGGCUGGGCCUGUUCGGCGGACGAGGGGAGUACACGGCCAAGAUCAAGCUCUUUGAGCUGGGACCCGACGGAGGCGACCAUGAGACUGAUGGAGAUCUGCUAGCUGAGACCGAUGUUCUGGCUUAUGACUGUGCUGCUAGGGAGAAAUACGCCAUGAUGUUUGACGAGCCGGUGCUGCUGCAGCUGGGCUGGUGGUACGUGGCGUGGGCCAGAGUCUCUGGCCCCAGCAGCGACUGCGGUUCCCACGGACAGGCAACCAUCACAACUGACGACGGUGUUGUCUUUCAGUUCAAAAGCUCCAAGAAAUCCAACAAUGGCACCGAUGUUAAUGCGGGUCAGAUUCCUCAGCUACUCUACAGGCUUCCAUCCCACGAUGGCAACGCUUCCAAAGGAAAACAGCAAACCAGUGAACCAGUUCACAUCCUGAAGCGGUCAUUUGCUCGAACGGUCUCGGUGGAGUGUUUUGAGUCUCUGCUGAGUGUUCUUCACUGGAGCUGGACCACCCUGGUGUUGGGAGUGGAGGAGCUUCGAGGUUUGAAGGGUUUCCAGUACACGGCAACGCUGCUGGACCUGGAGAGACUCCGCUUUGUUGGCACGUGCUGCCUCCGCCUGCUCAGGGUUUACAUCUGUGAGAUAUUCCCCAUUGCAGCCAGCACCAAAGCUGUGGUGGAGGAGUCCAGCAAGCUGGCCGAGUGUGUGGGAAAGACGCGCAGCCUGCUGAAGAAGAUCCUGUCAGAAGGCAUGGAUAACUGCCUGACUAAACUGGAYAAUGACCCUCAGGGCUACCUGUCUCAGCCUCUUACCUUGCUGGAAGCUGUGCUGCAGGAGUGCCACAACACAUUCACCGCUUGCUUUCACUCCUUCUACCCAACUCCAGCUCUGCAGUGGGCUUGUCUUUGUGAUCUGCUCAACUGUCUAGACCAGGACAUUGCUGAGGCAAAUUUUCGCACAUCCAGCAGCCGUCUGCUGGCAGCUGUAAUGUCAGCUCUUUGUAACACUUCAGUCAAGCUGACAUCCAUCUUGCCCAUUGCAUACGAUGGAGAAGUGCUGCUGCGUUCAUUAGUGAAGCAAGUCAGCACGGAGAAUGACUCUGCCCUUGCUCAUCGCUUCCCCCUGCUGGUGGCCCAUAUGGAGAAACUAAGCCAUACSGAGGAGAACCUGAUGGGUAUGACCAGUUUCCGAGAAGUGCUGGAGAAGAUGCUGGUGAUCGUGGUGCUGCCGGUGAGGAAGACUCUGAGGAAGGAAGUGGAGCUGUUCUCCCCUCACCUGGUCUCCAACACCUGCGGGCUGCUGGCCUCCAUCGUCUCUGAGCUCACAGCGUCCGCCAUGGGCUCCGAGGUUGAUGGACUGAACUCGCUCCACUCUGUGAAAGCAUCUCCAAACCGCUUCACCAAAACAAGCCAAGGUCGCAGCUGGAACACAGGCAACGGCUCCCCGGACGCCAUCUGUCUGACGGUGGACAAGCCGGGCGUCGUGCUGGUCGGGGUCUGCGUCUACGGAGGAGGGGGCAUCCAUGAGUACGAGCUGGAGGUGCUGGCUGACGACGCGCAGACGGAACACCCUGGCGACUCGGCACAUUCUCACAGGUGGACGUCUUUAGAGCUGGUGAAGGGCACCUAUAGCACUGAUGACUCUCCCAGCGAUAUUGCGGAGAUCCGCCUGGACAAGGCGGUGCCGCUAAAGGAAGGGGUGAAAUACGCUGUUCGGUUGCGUAACUACGGCAGCAGGACGGCCAAUGGGGACGGAGGAAUGACGACGGUGCAGUGCUCAGACGGCGUUUCCUUCACCUUUAGCACUUGCAGCUUGAGUAGCAAUGGAACCAAUCAGACCAGGGGUCAGAUCCCUCAGAUUCUCUACUACAGGAGCGAAUACGAUGGAGACCUCCAGUCUCAGCUGCUCAGCAAAGCCAACGAGGAGGACAAGAACUGUAGCAGAGCUCUGUCUGUGGUUAGUGCUGUGGUCAGAGCUGCAAAGGACCUUCUCCACAGGGCUUUUGCAGUUGAUGCUGAUGACAUUCCAGAGCUGUUAAGUUCUUCCAGCCUCUUCUCCAUGCUGCUGCCGCUCAUUCUGGCCUACAUUGGACCUGUUGCUGCCUCUGUGCCAAAGGCUGCUGUUGAGGUCUUCGGCCUAGUUCAAGAGCUGCUACCCGCCGUUUCUGCCCUCAACCAAAAAUACGCCCCGCCUUCCUUUAACCCCAACCAAUCCACUGACAGCACCACCGGGAACCAGCCUGAGAUCGGCCUGUCGGCUUGCACCACUUCAAACCACUACUCUGUGAUCGAGAGCGACCACCCGUACAAGCAAGCUGGGGUCACACAAUAUAGGGUCUCCUUCCCAGACUGCGUUCGAUGGACCACCAUAGAGUUUGAUCCGCAGUGUGGGACCGCGCAACCGGAGGACGCCCUUCGGCUGCUCAUCCCCAGCCGCACUCUCCACCUGUCAAACCUGGGUGGGAAGCCUUUGAUCCACGACACCAUCAACACGUGGACUGAACUUAGGAAGUUCUCAGGCUCCACUGGCUGGCCCACCACCGUGCUGGUGCUUCCAGGAAACGAAGUUCUCUUUUCAUUGGAAACGGCCUCAGAUUACGUGAAAGACGAGAAAGCUUGCUUCUACGGCUUUAAGUGUGUGGCUGUCGGAUAUGAAUUCAAUCCCGGCCCCGACGAGGGUAUAAUCCAGUUAGAGAAAGAGCUGGCGUUCCUGGGCAGCGUGUGUGCUGCAGCUUUAAUGAAGAAAGAUUUAGCCCUCCCUAUUGGAAACGAGUUGGAGGAAGAUCUUGAGAUUCUCGAGGAAGCCUCCCUUCAGGUGUGUAAGGCCCACUCUGGGAUCCUGGGGAAAGGUCUGGCCCUCUCUCAUUCUCCUACCAUACUGGAGGCCCUGGAGGGCAAUCUGCCCCUCCACAUCCAAACAAACGAACACUCUUUUCUGGAGGACUUUAUCACCUGCGUAUCAAACUCAAGCGGAGGGCGACUAGCCAGAUGGCUGCAGCCCGACUCUUACGCAGAUCCUCAAAAGACCUCUCUGAUCCUGAACAAAGAUGACAUCCGCUGUGGAUGGCCGGCCACUGUGGUCGUACAGACUAAGGAUCAGUAUGGGGAUGUGGUUCAUGUUCCCAACAUGAAGGUGGAGGUAAAGGCUGUUCCAGUUUCCCAGAAGAAGUCGAUUCAAACGGACAACAUGAAGAAGCUGCAGAGGCUUCCUGGAAGCUCCUCUCCUUCGUCCUCCGGCCCUGACCUCACCUUUGGAGGUCUGCCGACGCCUAAGUUGGAAGCCACCUAUGAGCCGGUCAUAGUGAAAGAAGCUCGAUACAUUGCCAUUACUAUGAUGAAGGUGUAUGAAAACUACUCUUUUGAAGAGCUGCGUUUUGCUUCUCCCACCCCAAAGAGACCCAGUGAGAACAUGCUCAUCCGUGCCAACACCGACGGGACCUACAGCGCUAACUGGACUCCAGGAGCCGUCGGCCUUUAUACAAUCCAUGUCACCAUCGACGGCAUUGAAAUAGAUGCUGGAUUGGAGGUGGAAGUCAAAGAUCCUCCAAAAGGGAUGAUACCACCUGGGACUCAGAUGGUGAAGCAGAAGGCUGAACCUCAGCCAAGCAAGGUCCGCAAAUUUGUGUCCAAGGACAGCGCGGGCCUGCGUGUCCGUAGUCACCCCUCCUUGCAGAGUGAACAGAUAGGCAUAGUGCACGUCAAUGGCACCAUCACUUUUAUUGACGAGAUCCACAAUGAUGAUGGAAUAUGGCUCAGGCUCAAUGAUGAAACAGUAAAGAAGUAUGUUCCCAACAUGAAUGGUUACACAGAAGCCUGGUGCCUCUCUUUUAAUCAGCACCUGGGCAGGAACCUACUGGUCCCAGCUGACGAGGUCAGGGGCCAGUCGGAGGAGAACGUAAAGGAGGUGAGCAGCUGCCCUUCCCACGAGGCUCCCGUUCGGGUGCAGAACAGGGCAGGGCAGGGCGGCGGCCCGGGGCUUUAUAAGGUAGUGAAGACCGGCCCCUCUGGUCACAACAUCAGAAGCUGUCCAAACCUUAGGGGUAUCCCUAUUGGAAUGUUAGUACUUGGCAACAAAGUCAAGGCCAUAGGCGAGGUUGUGAACUCAGAGGGAACUUGGGUGCAGCUGGAUAAGAACAGUGUAGUGGAGUUCUGUGAGAGCGAUGAAGGCGAGGCGUGGUCGCUGGCCAGAGACCGCGGUGGCAACCAGUACCUCCGUCAUGACGAUGAACAAGCUUUGAUCGAGCAUGGGAAUCAAACCCCGCCUCCCAGUCCCUUCUCUGUGCAAGCUUUCAACAGAGCAACUACUUCAAAUGGAGCACAGGGCUUUGAUUAUGGCAUCUCCAACAACAAAGGCGAACGAGGAAAUCUGAUGUCCGGCGCGCGCUCCCAAACCAGCAAACAGCGUCAGGAAAACCGCUCCCCCAAGCAAGAAAGUCGAGGAAGCCGCUCCUCUGAACAGGGCCGGGUGAAAACGAGCGAGGGCGGCCUCUUGGCCAGCGAAGCUCUCAUUCUGCGGUCGGACACGGCCAAGCUGAGGAGUGACUCUCACAGCCGCUCCCACUCGCCCAACCACAACACUCUCCAGGCGCUAAAGGCGGACGGUAGAACCUCGGGCAGUCGAGCCGAGUCGCCAAAUCCAGGCUCUCGCUCCUCUUCUCCCAAACAAAAAGGCGUGUCCUCAUCGGGACGAUCCAGUCCCUCGAGCAACUUGUCCCAGCACUCCUCUUCGAGCCACCAUGACAAAAACCUACCCCCCAAAGUCAGCCCUUCUUCUAAAGCAAAACUGGAUCCUCCCAGGGAGAGAUCCAAGUCAGACUCGUACACUCUUGAUCCGGACACGCUCAGGAAGAAGAAGAUUCCCCUCACAGAGCCGCUGAGGGGAAGAUCUACGUCUCCUAAAUCUAAGCUGUCUCCUAAAGAUCCCAAUAAAGAAGUGAUCAGCAAUGCAGAAAACCGUGCUCCAUCUCCACACGUGACCCAGGAGAACCUCCACAGUGAGGUAGUGGAGGUCUGCACCUCUAGCGCUCUCCUCUCCAACGAGGACAUCAAUGACGAGAACGCGGAGCUCCGCAAUUCGGAGGAGGGCUCGUGCAAAGUCCACUUCAGCAUCGGCAAAGCUCCCGUCAAAGAGGAGCUGGAGAGCCGCUCGUCGCCCAAAGUCAGCCGCAAAACGUCCAGCCGACACACUCGUCCCAAGAAAGACAAAUCUGGGCCUCUGUUCAAAGCUGAGAGCACAUCGAGAAUCGCAGAGCCCGUCAAACAGGCCAUGUCUCCCUCGGUGGCUGAAUGCGCUCGUGCGGUUUUCGCUGCGUUCCUCUGGCACGAGGGGAUCGUCCAUGACGCCAUGGCCUGUUCGUCCUUCCUCAAGUUUAACCCCGACCUGACCAAAGAGCAAGCCCCCAUUCGUAACUCGCUGGGCGGACAGGGACCCGAGGAGAAAGAGAGCAAGUUGAAAAACCGUCACUCCUUGGAGAUUUCUUCUGCGCUCAACAUGUUUAAUAUCGCACCCCACGGCCCAGACAUCUCCAAAAUGGGCAGCAUCAACAAAAAUAAAGUCUUGUCCAUGCUGAAGGAGCCACCGCUGCCAGAGAAGUGCGAGGAUGGGAAAGGGGAGGCCUCGUCUUAUGAGAUGACCUCUCACCCCUGCUUGAGGCCGAAGUCGAUUUUGCCGCUAACCUUGCAGCACUUGGUUGCAUUCUGGGAAGACAUUUCGAUGGCCACCAUCAAAGCAGCCACCCAGAACAUGAUCUUUCCCAGCCCGGGGUCCAGUGCCAUCUUAAAGAAGAAGGAGCACGAAAAGGACAGCAAAAAGGCAAAGAAGGAGAAGAAGAAGAGGGAGAAGGCGGAGGUUCGUCCAAGAGGGAAUCUGUUUGGAGAGAUGGCUCAACUCGCCAUGGGAGGACCGGAGAAAGACACGAUCUGUGAGCUGUGUGGGGAAUCUCACCCUUAUCCUGUCACCUACCACAUGAGACAGGCUCAUCCAGGUUGCGGUCGUUACGCCGGGGGUCAGGGCUACAACAGUAUCGGCCAUUUCUGUGGAGGCUGGGCUGGGAAUUGUGGAGAUGGAGGUAUAGGAGGCAGCACCUGGUACCUGGUCUGUGAUCGCUGUCGAGAGAAAUACCUGAGAGAGAAACAGACGGCAGCCAGGGAAAAGGUGAAACAGUCGAGGAAGAAGCCUCUGCAGGUGAAGACUCCCAGAGCUCUACCCACCAUGGAGGCCCACCAGGUGAUCCGAGCCAACGCGUUGUUCCUGCUGUCCCUCAGCAGUGCAGCGGAGCCCAGCAUGCUCUGCCACCAUCCUCCCCGACCCCUUCACUCGCAGCUUCUCCCCAGCCUGAAGGAGGGCGUGUCAGAGGAACUCCCCAAUAAAAUGGGCUGCCUCUAUCUACAAACGCUAGCCAGGCAACACACUGAGAACUUUGGAGCUUAUCAAGAUGACAACCUUUUCCAGGAUGAGAUGAGGUAUCUGCGGUCGACGUCCGUUCCUGCCCCCUACAUUUCUGUCACACCGGACGCUUGUCCCAAUGUGUUUGAGGAACCAGAGAGUAAUAUGAAGUCAAUGCCCCCCAGCCUUGAAACCAGUCCGAUCACAGACAGUGACACUGCAAAGCGAACCGUUUUUCAGAGGUCUUACUCCGUUGUGGCAUCAGAGUACGACAAACAACACUCGCCCUCUCCAGCCCGAGUCAAAGCCGUGCCCAGACGGAGAGUUCAUAGCGGCGAUGCAGAAGUGGGCUCCUCCCUGCUGCGCCACCCGUCUCCUGAGCUGUCCCGCCUCAUCUCGGCUCAUGGCUCACUUAGUAAAGGGGAGAGGAAUUUCCAGUGGCCUGUUCUGGCUUUUGUUAUCCAACAUCAUGACCUUGAAGGCCUGGAGGUGGCCAUGAAGCAUGCUCUGAGAAAGUCUGCCUGCAGGGUGUUUGCGAUGGAGGCGUUCAACUGGCUUCUGUGCAACGUGAUCCAGACGACUUCUCUGCACGACAUCCUCUGGCAUUUUGUAGCAUCUCUCACUCCCUCACCCUGUGAGCCAGAGGAUGAGGAAGACGAGGAGAAUAAGGGGAACAAGGAAAAUUUAGAACAGGAGAGAGACCUCGGGGUUUGUGAACACCCUCUGUCGGACAUAGUGAUCGCCGGGGAGGCAGCCCAUCCGCUCCCCCACACUUUCCACCGCCUUCUCCAGACAAUCUCUGACCUCAUGAUGUCACUUCCUAGUGGCAGUGCACUACAGCAGAUGGCACUGAGGUGCUGGAGUCUCAAGUUCAAGCAGUCCGACCACCAGUUCCUCCAUCAGAGCAACGUUUUCCAUCACAUCAACAACAUCCUGUCCAAGUCAGACGAUGGGGACAGCGAGGAGAGCUUCAACAUCAGCGUCCAGUCGGGUUAUGAAGCCAUGAGCCAGGAUCUCUGCCUGGUAACCUGCUUGAAGGACCUAACCAGUGUAGUAGACAUUAAAACCUCCAGCCGCCCCGCCAUGAUUGGCAGCUUGACUGACGGCUCCACGGAGACCUUCUGGGAGUCUGGAGACGAGGACAAGAACAAGACCAAAAGCAUCACGUUCAGCUGCGUGAAAGGCAUAAACGCCACCAAAGUUUCUGUCCAUGUGGACAACUCCAGAGACAUCGGGAACAAAGUCACGUCAGUAACGUUUCUCUGUGGAAAAGCCAUAGAAGAUCUCUGCAGAAUCAAGCAGGUUGACCUUGACUCGCGUCACAUGGGCUGGGUGACGAGUGAACUCCCUGGAGGCGAUUAUCAUGUGAUCAAGGUGGAGUUAAAAGGCCCCGAAAACACUCUGAGGGUUCGCCAGGUGAAGGUUCUUGGCUGGAAGGAGGGCGAGAGCAUCAAGAUCCUUGGACAAAUCUCAGCCAGCAUGGCUCAGCAGAAAAACUGUGAAGCCGAGACACUCAGAGUUUUCCGCCUCAUCACCUCGCAGGUUUUUGGCAAACUAAUCUGUGGAGACGCAGAGCCGACGCCAGAGCAGGAGGAGAAAAAUCUGCUUUCGUCUCCGGAAGGAGAGGAUAAGGUACCAUCUGAUGCGGAUCUUAAGGAGCACAUGGUGGGAAUAAUCUUCAGCAGGAGCAAACUAACCAACCUGCAGAAACAAGUGUGCGCACAUAUCGUUCAGGCGAUCCGCAUGGAAGCCACACGUGUGAGGGAGGAGUGGGAACACGCCAUCUCCAGCAAGGAGAACGCCAACUCCCAGCCCAGCGACGACGACGCCUCAUCUGACGCCUACUGCUUCGAGCUCCUCUCCAUGGUUCUGGCUCUGAGCGGCUCCAACGUGGGCCGCCAGUAUCUGGCGCAACAGCUCACCCUCAUGCAGGACCUGUUUUCUCUCCUGCACACCGCUUCUCCGAGGGUGCAGAGACAGGUGACAUCUUUGCUUCGACGUGUCCUGCCGGAGGUGACGCCGGUCCGCCUCGCCAGCAUCAUCGGGGUUAAAGCUCUUCCCCCGGCAGACAUCAGCGACAUUAUCCACUCCACGGAGAAAGGCGACUGGAACAAGCUGUGCAUCCUUGACAUGUUCCUGGGCUGCAUCGCAAAGGCCCUCACUGUGCAGCUGAAAGCCAAAGGCACCACCAUCGCCGGGACGGGCGGCACCGUCGCGGGGAAGGGCGUCACGACCGUCACUCUACCGAUGAUCUUCAACUCCAGCUACAUUCGCAGAGGUGAGAGCCACUGGUGGAUGAAAGGCUCCACGCCUCCGCAGAUAGCUGAGAUCAUCAUAAAGCUGGUCAAAGAUAUGGCAGCGGGCCACCUGUCGGACGCCUGGUCCAGAGUGACCAAGAACGCAAUUGCCGAGACCAUCAUAGCGCUGACUAAAAUGGAGGAGGAGCACCGCUCUCCUGUUCGCUGCAUAGCAACAACAAGGCUGUGGCUCGCCUUGGCGUCGCUGUGCGUUCUUGACCAGGAUCACGUAGACCGCCUCUCUUCUGGUCGCUGGAUGGGGAAAGACGGACAGCAGAAGCAGAUGCCCAUGUGUGACAAUCACGAUGACGGCGAGACGGCAGCCAUCAUCCUGUGCAACAUAUGCGGCAACCUCUGCACCGACUGCGACCGCUUCCUCCAUCUUCACCGACGCACUCGCUCCCACCAGAGACAGGUGUUUAAGGAGGAGGAGGAGGCCAUAAAGGUCGACCUCCAUGAAGGCUGUGGGAGGACCAAGCUCUUCUGGCUCAUGGCUCUCGCUGAUUCAAAGACGAUGAAGGCCAUGGUGGAGUUCAGAGAGCACACGGGUAAACCAGCAUCCAGCAGCUCAGACGCCUGCAGGUUCUGUGGCACAAGAAAUGGAACCGAGCUUUCUGCAGUGGGGAGCGUCUGCUCAGACCCAGACUGUCAGGAGUACGCAAAGCUGGCCUGCAGUAAGACUCAUUCCUGCGGUCACCCCUGUGGAGGAGUCAAGAACGAGGAGACCUGCCUGCCGUGUCUGCAUGGCUGCGAUAAGAACGCAGGCUGCCUGAAACAGGACGCAGACGACAUGUGCAUGAUCUGCUUUACAGAGGCUCUCUCGGCAGCUCCUGCAGUACAGCUGGACUGCACUCACGUGUUUCACCUUCAGUGCACUCGACGGGUUCUUGAAAACCGCUGGCUCGGGCCGCGCAUCACGUUUGGGUUCAUGCUGUGUCCAAUUUGCAAGAACAAAAUCAAUCACUCUGUGAUCAAAGACCUCCUCGACCCCAUUAAGGAGCUGUAUGAGGACGUGAGGAGAAAAGCUCUGAUGAGACUGGAGUACGAGGGGCUACACAAGAGCGAGGCGAUAACUACGCCAGGAGCGCGCUUCCACAACGACCCCGCAGGCUUCGCCAUGAACAGAUAUGCGUACUACGUCUGCUACAAGUGCAAAAAGGCAUAUUUUGGAGGAGAGGCUCGCUGUGAUGCAGAAGCAGGACAAGGUGAUGACUACGACCCUAGCGAACUGAUCUGUGGAGCAUGCUCGGAUGUCUCCAGGGCCCAGAUGUGCUCCAAACACGGCACAGAUUUUCUGGAGUAUAAAUGCCGCUACUGCUGCUCCGUGGCCGUCUUCUUCUGCUUUGGAACCACACACUUCUGUAACGCCUGCCACGACGACUUCCAGAGGAUGACAAGCGUCCCCAAGGAGGAGCUCCCUCGUUGUCCUGCAGGGCCCAAAGGCAAGCAGCUGGAAGGCACUGAGUGCCCCCUGCAUGUGGUCCACCCUCCGACGGGCGAAGAAUUUGCUCUGGGUUGUGGAGUGUGCAGGAACGCCCACACCUUCUAAACUUUAAGAGACUCACUGAAAACCAGUUGGUCUACUGUGAUUUUUAUAGCCGCCGCCGCUGCUGAGACUCGGCGAUGAAGCUUGGCUCUAGCUUUGAGUCUUCUGGACCGCAGACCAGGUUUCCGUUCUACGCCGAGUUGUCAGGUCCGCUCCUUCACCAACAUCAGGAUCCAGGUUCUGCUGCGAGCGCAAGCUGUUACGCCUUCGGAUUCAGAGCAAACUUAAUAAUAAAAAGUGUUUUUUUUUUUUGUUUUUGUUUUUGUUUUUUUUUUUUUUAAAGAAGAAUGGAAAAAAACCAGAAAAUAACCUGUGACGUGUUUGCAUGCAGCCGUUGUAAUCCCUCGGCUUCUAUAGACGUUGCACACCUCCCAAUCACUGAACUGUAACGAUGUAACAUUGAAGAUUAAAUAAAUUUGCUUAAACGCAACUGAGGAUGACCGUGAGUUUAAAAAGGGGGGAAGGAAAAUAAAACAAAAAGGAAGGGGCCAUAUUUCCAGCUUCCUUACUAUAAAUUUAAAAUAUUGUUGUAUGUAAACAUUUUUUUUCGUAAUCUUGUAUAGUAUUCCCCUCUGUCAAGUGCAUCAUGAGUUGACAGACGACAAAAAGGUGAGUUGGUUGUUGAGACUGUUAAGAAUAUCGCUUCCGGGAUGGAAAUAGUGUACGAUUUAUCUAAUCUUGUAUAUAGCGAUACUAUUCAAAGUAGCUGUAUUCCGAAGUUGCUCUCUUCAGUUGUUUGGUAUUCUGGGUUUUGUUUUGAGCCAGAACUUUUAAUGAAGUGCAAUACUGGGUGUGCCUCCUAUUUUGCAGCUGUUUCAUCUAUGGAAUGUAUGUCAAAUAAAAACCACUGUACAUUUUUAUACAGUCGUAACCCCCUCUGCCCCUCCCCAGUCCUCGCCCCUCCCUCUUCUUGGUGUCUGUUCUCUUCGAUUACUGUCUGGAAAAGAGAGUCUGGCACUUGCAGUGAAAGAUGGUUGAUGUAAAUUUUGUUUUCAGCUCGGAUAAAUAAAAAUAAAAAAAAGCAUCAAAAUCCUACAUAAAUACAAGAAUAAAAAUAAAAAAAAGUCUUGAUAGAAGUGGUUACAGCUGAAGGAUUCAAGGGUCCAGUCUUCACACCAAAUACAAUUGUGCACCUGUAUGCGUUUUCCUAGUAUGUGGCAAAGAGAUUUUGGGGGUCAAAGAAUGCAGAGUGUGGGGGAUAAAAAAAGAAAAAUAAAGAAGCAGCUGCUGUUAAAUAAGAAGCUUAUUACUUGUGAAUCUGCUCUGUAAUAUCUGUGGUGGAUGGAGUUGAAUGGUAAUAAACCAGAUUCUCUGUUUCACAAAUUA